AUGGCAGAUCAGUCUCAGAGGCAGCAGUAUGCAAGAGGCAGCAAUACCAGAUCAUUUGUACAUAAACUGCAAGUGCAAUCCCCUAAUUCAACCCAACUCAUUGGGUUCAUGACCCUGGUCAUCUCCAGUGGCUUUUUGCUUCUGCUUACUGGCCUGACAUUGACUGUUACGGUUCUUGGGCUUAUCUUCUUCACGCCAUUAAUCUUCAUUUCAAGCCCCAUAUGGGUCCCUGUUGGAACCAUUAUCUUUAUUGUCAUUGCUGGAUUUCUUUCCUUUUCGGGGUUUGGGAUUGGUGCUGUGGUUGUGAUUUCUUGGCUGUACAAGUAUUUCAGGGGGUUCCACCCGGCCGGUUCCAAUAGAGUCGAUUAUGCCAGAAGCCGAAUUGCGGAUACUGCGAGCCACAUGAAGGAUUACGCCAGAGAGUACGGUGAGUACUGGCAGCGAAAAGCUAAGGAUGCAUCUCCUGGAGCUUGA